AUGCUGGUGUCACGGCGCAUUGCUGCCCUGCAACAGCUGGAGCAGAAGCUUCGCCGCAUCGUUAAGGAGGAGGCGAUUCUGUGUUUUAAUACUCACAAAUCUAGGGUGGAUCUUGGACAACAGGUGAAGUUGAAAAGAUGUGCGGAUAUGAAGGAGAAGUUACUCUUUCGUCAAGUUCCGGUGACUCUGUCUCUCUUAGAGCGCAGUUUCCUUCCCAUUUUGCGUGACGCAAAACCCUCUAGCUAUACCUCUGCGGAUGCCAACGGGGUCGUCUUGCUCGAGGAUUUGACGAUGGCUCCAUCAAAGUCGUCAGACGUCUUCGCCCAUACGUUGCCGUGCUGUGGCCAGGGUGAAAAGGAGCCCCAAAAGCAAGACUUGCGAGUGGGGCAUGUGACGUCAAAAAAAAUGUCGUGUCAACAGCAGCGGCGUCUGUUGAGCUCUCCAGGGCGCAUGCUGCGCCUGUUAUGUUCGCUGCAUUUUUUGGAGCAGGAACGACGAAAGCUGUUUCGCUACCACGGGAGUCGUUUGGAUUCCAAACUUCGAGCAACGGAGCAGACAGCGCGUCUUGCUCACAAGAAGCAAAAGGACAAGAACGCGCUGACAGCGGCACGCCAGUCUGUGAGCGAGGCGAAGGCAGACGUUGUGCUUCUCCAAAACUCGUUGCUCUCACGGUCCUACAUCUCUGCUAGACUGUGGCGACUCCUCCUGCAUGAGGAGAUAUGGCUAGCGGCGGUGCGGGAGGGCCACACAAAGGGUGCCGCCACGGCCCCCUCAGUGCUUUUGAUGCUCCUUUCCUUCACGCGCCUUGGCUUUGGUGUCCUGCAGGACUCCGUUCAGGGUCAUGCACUGAACACGCAUGCUCCACGCUUCGUAGUGUCACUGCCUUCACACAAGAUGCGACGACGAAAGAAUGCCGGUGCUGGCGCGAGCGAUGCAGGAAGCCGGGUGGCCCCGUCGCCGCACGCUUCGGUGGAAGAAGCGGGUGACAGUGAGGAUUUGUUGGGGAUGAUGAUGAUGACAAUGACGACGAAAGCGGCUGUGGCGUCACCGACUACAGUGGAAGAGAGAUCAGAAUCAGAAUCUAUGAUAAAAACGGUAGAAACGCCACGGUCCACAGUGAGACCAGCAAAUGACCGAAAAGAAGGAAUUCAAUGGCUUCGGUGGCUGCCACCCUCUUCGUGCAACGCUGCCUCAUUGGCGCUAGAGACACUGGCCUUAUGCUCCCUUAUUUUGCCGACGCUUGACAUCACCACCAUAGUGGUUCAUUGCGGGCAGGCACAAGAGCUCUUCGAACUGUUAUCGGUUUUGCAGGUAACUGCCUCAUCCUUGUUGGCACUGCACAUUGAUAAGGCUACGGAAGAGACCGUGGUGUUGCACCACACGCUGCGGCGCCUGGAGGACGCAAUGCUGGGUUGUGGAAAAAUCGCUAAACAGGCUCUUGUCAUGCAAGCUGAUGGCAGUUUCCCGCCGCUGCCUCCCGUCAAGGCAGCGCGUUUGUUGCUCGGUUUGGGCUCCAUGCAUCUCCUUCAGACAGAUGAGCGCACUUCGCAUCAGCUUCUCUCGAAGCUUGUGGUGUGCAUAUUUCCUCAGCUCUCUACAGGUACGCAGAGAGCUCUAAUGGCGAAGUCUCGGCAAAAUUCUCUCUACGCAUUCGCUACAAGGAGCCAUCGGGCAAAGCUGUGUCGUGAGCAUGGGCGCAAAAAUAUGGAGUCUGCCCUCUUGGAAUCUGUUCGGGCGCGUGCACGUCUGCAACAGCGGCAAAUGCAAGCAGCACUUCGAACGAAAUACCUCGAAGAAAUCAACAACCGCAGUGUUGGGCAGCUUGCAGAGAGUCUUCCAGUAUACUCACUCAUUGCGUUGUUCAAUCUGUUGGUGCAAGCAGCACGUGAUGCACCGCGGCAUGAGAACGAUUCGCAAGGCCUCCUCGUAACGGCGGCUCUCUUCGUUGCAGAAGGCGUUUUGGUCGCAGGUGCACGCACGUCAUCUGGUGAAAAUAACAUGCUACAGCCGGGCGAGCUGCCAGUUCUCCUCUCAGCCCUUGGUGUGCUCUGGCCGUUGGUAAAUGAGCGGUAUCAGCUGCUGCAUCACUCAAUGGGCGGUCAUCACCUCGAGCAGCGGAGGGGCAUGGGAGACUCCCUGGCAAAGUCUGAAAUGGUGAUGGUGUCGUACCUUACAGACAUGAUCUUUGGUGCUGUCAACGCGGCGGUUGCAGAACGCGUGCAACGUGCCGAAACAACCACUAAACCACUUACUGAGACGGGAGAAACAGGUCAAAUUCUCGCUGUGGAUGAUAUCAUCGCCAUUGUUUCCGGGCUUAACGAAUGGUGUGCCCUUUCACCCAACAGCAAGAGUACUGCCUAUGUGGAGGCGACUGCCGGUCUUCUUCGGCAGCUCCUUGUGGUGGAUAUGGAGCUGUGGAAGGAGUUGCGACAGCUGAGCGAAUUUCGACAGCAACAGUUCUUGCAGACGCUGGGUGAGGUCAUGCGGCGUUCAAACAUGAUGGACGCAACUGUCACACGGGCGUUAUCGGUGGUGUUUUGA